CAGCGCCUCUUUAUAGCCCUCCUCACAAAAUGGCGCCCGCGCCACCCGGAAAUGAAUCCUCUGAUUGGUUCAUCUCGCAACACCGCUGCCGCGCGCCCCGCCCCUGCCUGGCGCGCCUGCGCAGAGCCCGGCAGGCGGGUCGAAAAGCGCGGAGUCACUGCUGGUGGGAGGGGGAGCGGGAUUUGCCGGCAGUUGGAAAGCCCGCGAAACGCUCCUUCCGGCUGCGAGGCGCGCUGUGACAGGAGGAAAGGGAGGUGCUUCCCUACUGGGUUCCGCCUUCUUUUCGUGCCAAUUUCUAAGCUCCACGCAGCUUUAAUGCUUGCACCUCAGCCCUGCCUCUGUCAGAGGGGGUGCUCCUUCACCUUGCCCCUCUAUGUUUCCGGCCUCCCCAGGCCGCGCUUCGCGGUCUCUAGGCCCCCUUCCGCAGUUCCUAACUCCUUCGCUGGGUUCCGCCUUUUAGCACCGCCCCCCGCCUUGCCAGAGCCCACGAGGUCGGCACCGCUCCCCCCGCGAGCGGGCGAGCGAGCCCUAGCAGUGCGCUUGAGCCGCCCAGGCCGCCCAGGACUACAUUUCCCAGCGGGCCCAGCGGCCGGCGCAGCGGCUGCGGUCAGGUGACCGGGUCGCCUGACCUGCGGAUUGCAGUGGGUUCGCCCCGAGGAGAGCUGACUGCCCUCGGCUGCUGCUGACCUUUUGGCAGAGUUGAGCCAAAAUGUCCCCGGAAUCUAAAAAGCUUUUCAACAUCAUUAUUUUAGGAAUUGCCUUUAUGUUUAUGUUCACCGCCUUUCAAACUUGUGGAAAUGUAGCGCAAACUGUCAUCAGGAGCUUAAAUAGCACAGAUUUUCACGGCAGUGGAUAUACCAGCAUGGCAAUUAUUUAUGGAGUGUUCUCUGCUUCAAACUUGAUUACACCGUCAGUGGUUGCCAUUGUAGGACCUCAACUCUCUAUGUUUGCUAGUGGUUUAUUUUACAGCAUGUACAUUGCCGUUUUUAUCCAGCCUUUCCCGUGGUCCUUCUACACAGCCUCUGUUUUCAUUGGAAUUGCAGCUGCUGUACUUUGGACAGCACAAGGAAACUGCCUGACGAUAAAUUCAGAUGAGCACACUAUUGGGAGAAACAGUGGAAUUUUCUGGGCACUCUUACAGUCUAGCUUGUUCUUUGGAAAUCUCUACAUAUAUUUUGCUUGGCAAGGGAAAACUCAAAUAUCAGAGAGCGACCGAAGAACAGUGUUUAUCGCCCUGACAGUGAUUAGCCUUGUGGGGACUGUUCUUUUUUUUCUCAUUCGGAAACCAGAUUCUGAAAACAUCCUGGGAGAAGAUGAAUCUUCUGAUGACCAGGACAUGGAGGUCAAUGAGUCUGCCCAGAACAAUAUGACAAAGGCAGUAGAUGCAUUUAAAAAGUCUCUUAAGUUAUGUGUCACCAAGGAGAUGCUCCUUCUUAGCAUUACAACCGCUUAUACAGGCCUGGAAUUGACUUUCUUCUCUGGUGUCUAUGGAACCUGUAUCGGUGCUAUAAAUAAAUUUGGAACAGAAGAGAAAAGCCUCAUUGGACUUUCUGGGAUUUUCAUCGGCAUUGGAGAAAUUUUAGGUGGAAGCCUCUUUGGCCUGCUGAGCAAGAAUAAUCGUUUUGGCAGGAAUCCAGUUGUGCUGUUGGGCAUCCUGGUGCAUUUUAUAGCUUUUUACUUAAUAUUUCUCAACAUGCCUGGGGAUGCCCCUAUAGCGCCUGUUGAAGGAACUGAUAGCAGUGCUUACAUCAAGCCCAGCAAAGAAGUUGCCAUCUUCUGCAGCUUCCUGUUGGGUCUUGGAGACAGCUGCUUCAAUACCCAGCUGCUUAGUAUUCUAGGUUUUCUCUAUUCUGAAGACAGUGCACCAGCUUUUGCCGUCUUUAAAUUUGUGCAGUCCAUUUGUGCAGCCGUGGCGUUUUUCUACAGUAACUACCUUCUCCUUCACUGGCAACUCCUGGUCAUGGUGAUAUUUGGGUUUUUUGGAACUGUUUCCUUCUUCACUGUGGAGUGGGAAGCUGCUGCCAUCGUAGCCCGGGGCUCUGACUACCGAAGUAUUUGAUGAAGGGUGCCCGCAAGAGGAGGCCGCCUCCGCAGACCGCCCGGCCGAGCAGCAAGGCUCGGUGGAGGAGGCCCGCUCUCGUCUUCAUGGUACAUUGGAGGAUGUUUAGGAUGGAAAAUCAGAGAUGUAAGACUGCUAAAUCUGCCAGAGUUGGUAUUAAAGUUUACACAUAUUCGUUGUUUAAAACUAGUGGAAUAAGGGAAACUUGUACUGUCGAUUAUGAUUGUUCAAAGAGGUUGUUUUUCAGUUCAUCUGUCUCGCGUUCCUUAUGAUCAUGCUAUAAAUGUGUCAAUGUUUUCAUCUCCCCCCUUCUCUCGUUGAAAGAUCAUGCUUUGAUUGAAACUACUAGGCCACAUGUCACAUAAAGAUUCUCCUGGGUGUGGCAUAUGUGUUACUAUGUAAUAGUAGGGAGCGUAUGCCACCCCACCCCAUGUGUGUCUGGGAAUGACAUUUAAAUAAAUCAUGUGAUGCUGAAAUUGAAUCUUUGAAAAGAUUUGCACAUUCUUUCUUUUUAAAUGUUUUUUGUUUGAUACGUUUUCUUGUUUUCUUACCUUGUAGCUGGUAGCAAGGGGGCUGCUAAUCAAGUACUGUGAAAUGAGGUAAAAAUUGUCUUAAGUUUUAAAAAUAGGAAUCUAAUAUUUGUAAAUGAACAAAAACACAUUUAAGAAAAAAAACACAUUUACUAGGGGAGGAUUUUGCUGGUAAUUUUCCUAGAGGAUGCAAUGCAUUAAAAAAAAAAAGUAGUGAGAUCUAAGCUGUGGUGGCAGGUUGCUGUCAUUUAUAUAUCUUCUUACAGCCAGCACCAUUCCAUAUGCGUGUCUGGGAAUGGAAUGUAACUAUUUGGGGAGACGUCUAAAUGGAAAUGUUAACUUUAAUCCAUAAGAGCAUAACAUAAUUAUUUUAAUUGAGAUAUAAUUCAGAAACCAUAAAAUUCACCAUUGUAAAGCAUACAAUUUAGUGGGGUUUUUUUUUAGUAUAUUCACAAGGUUGUACAACUAUCACCAUUAUCUUUUCCAAAUAUUUUCAUCACCCCAAGAAGAAACCCUGUGGCUGUUAGCAGUCAUUCCCCAUUUUUAAAAGUGAUAAUUAACUGUACAGAUGAAGGGUUUUAUGGCAAAGUAAAUUUAACCAAGGAGAUAGACAAUAUUCUGUUUUCCAUUGUUUUUAAAAACCUGCUAGAAAUUUUGAAAUUUUAUGGAGUGUGAUUUUCAGACUUGACGGCAGUUGCAGGGAGUCAGAAAACUCUGUAGUUACCCGGAACCCUCAGAGAAAUUUCAUUUGUACGGAACACUAAAUUCUUUCGUCACAAGUUAUAAGGUUUUGGUUUUCUUUCUCGAAGUUGAGAUAAACUCAGUUGUUAGUUGAUUUUAUAUAAAUAACUUGUAAAUUAAUUUCAGAAUUAAUACAAAUGGUUUUAUUAUCUCUUUAAGCACAUUAUUGCUUCCCCAGGUGUAUUAGUUUUAUGUCACUAAUAUGAUAUGACAGAUCACCCCAAAACUUAGCCACUUAAAACAACUGUGUUCUCUCACAGUUUCUCUGGGUCUGGAAUCUGGGCGUGGCUGAGGCAGGUCCUCCAGCUCAGGGUCUGUCACGAGGCCAUGGUCAAGAUGUUGGCUGGGCUCACCCAGGGGAGGACCGCUUCUCAGCUCACACAUGCGGUCUUUGGCAGGAGCCAGUUCCUCACAGCCUGUUGGACUGAGAGUCUUAGUUUCUCACGGCUGUCCUCAGGCACCUGUCCUCAUCAAAGAAAGCAAGUGAGAAAAGCCAGAGGGAAGUGCCAGCAAGUCAGAAGUCACCGUCUUUUAUAACUUAGUCUUGAAAGUGACAUCUCAUCAUCACUUUUGCUGUAUUCUCUUUACUAGAUGCAAGUCACUAGUUCCUGGCCAUACUCAAAGGAGGGGGCGGGGGUUACACCAGGGAGUGAGUGGGACCAGGAGUGGAUCCCCAGACCAUCUCACAAGGCUGCCGGCCUCCAUGUCAGCUGGGAACUGGCUCCUGCAUUCCCGUGUCGCUCACUCUCCCAGGCUGGGGCUCCCUUUGCUCAUGAUGGAUCUGCAAAACUAGGCAGCAGAGGUUAAAUAGCUUCUGUUAAUGCUGUUUGAGUACAUUCACCCCAGGCAGCUGGAGCCUCUUACCACCAGUGGUAGGAUUCCUGGUAACUGUUGUCAAAAGGGAAAUGAAGUGGAGUGAGGUGGAUCUGUCAGGAACACAACUUCCAGGCUGCCUGCCUCCCAUUGCUGUGUGCGAUGUGAGUCACUCUAAGUUCUGUACUCACAUUUUGUGUUUUGGGAGUUUUGUUUUGUUUUUUUUUAACUCCGGUUUUGUGUCUGUAAAUGUUGUUGACCUUGGUGGGCUCUGUAUUUGACUGGUAACGGUAAUUCAUCUUUUAAAUUUGUAUCAUUAUUUGAGUUUAAAAUGAAAUGUGAUCAUGAAA